AUGCUGAAACCUAACGUAGAGCUGGUCAUAUCUCAGUUUUUCGACAUACCUAAUGUUAAACCAGUUGCUCCUGAUUCCAUUGAGUACACCCAAGAGGGCCAGGACCAGCACAAUGACGAUGUCGUCAAAAGCAUUCAUGAGAUACUAGAGCAGAGGAUUAAGCCUUUUGUCGAGCGAGAUGGUGGUGAUGUUGAAUUCAUUGCGUUUGAUUCGGACACCGGAGUCCUCCAAAUUCGGCUCGUCGGUUCAUGUGCCGGUUGCCCCAAGUCAAGUGUAACGUUGAAAUUCGGUAUCCAACGAAUGGUCUGCCAUUACAUCCCAGAAGUUAAGAAUGUUAUCAACAUUGAAGAGCCCACUGAGGGUGAAGAGGAGGGGGUUGUGAACAGCGUGGAUCCGCAAGCCAGUGCCGAGCCCAAGGCUAGCCCGAAUCCUGAAGCCAGCGUCAAUCGUGAAGCCAGCACUGAGCCAGAAGAUAGUGCUAAGUCGCAGCAAGCCUAA